AUGGAUCUCUUUAUCUGCUUCUCUAUCCUUGCCAUUGUAGCCGUCUUUUUGUUGAUGUAUUUCUCCAUAAUUAGUAACAUAACGAACCCGAUCAAUGUAAAGCUUCCCCCUGGCAAAUUGGGAUGGCCGAUAAUUGGUGAAAUUCUUGAUUUCUUCAUGUCUAGCAGAAAUGGCCAUCCUGAGAGAUUCAUAUCUAAUAGGACGAACAAUUUCUCCUCAGAUAUCUUCAAGACCUCCCUGAUAGGAGAAAAAAUGGCAGUACUUUGUGGCCCUUCAGGAAAUAAGUUUGUUUUUUCAAAUGAAAACAAGCUCGUAAAAUCAUGGAUUCCUCACUCUGUACAAAAGAUUUUGCUCUCAGAAAUAAACUCUACUCUUGGAUCAGAGGAAAUGGCCAUGUGGAGGAACAUUUUUUUUGAAUCUUUGAAGCCAGAAGUUGUCAAGAAAUACAUUCAUGCCAUAGAUCAUAGUACGAAACAACAUUUGGAAGAUGAAUGGGCUUCAAACCAAACAUUAAAGGUUCACCCUUUGACCAAGAAGUUUACAUUUGCCUUAUCCUGCAAGCUGUUCUUGGGCAUUGAAGAUCCCACGGACAUGGCCAAAUUGGCAGAUCAGUUCGUUCUUGUUAACGCUGGACUUUUCUCGUUGCCAGUCGAUAUCCCCGGCACUCCUUUCAGUAAUGCUGUAAAGGCUGCUAAAGUCAUUCGUGGGGAGCUACGAAAAAUCGUCAGGCAAAAGAGACUCUAUUUAUCAGAAAAAGAAGAUUCAGAAACUAGUCGCAAUAUGUUGUCUCGCUCGCUCGCUGAAACUAACAAACGUGGCAAGUUUGCAAGUGAUAAUGACAUUGCAAGCUCUAUUUUAGGUUUUCUCGUUGCCAGCCAUGAAACAUCCAGUUCUUUGCUCACAAAUCUUGUGUACUAUCUAGCUGAUAAUCCUCAAGUAUACUCAAAAGUUUUAAGAGAACAAAAUGAGAUUGCUAAGUUAAAAGGGGCUGAAAAAUUGUUGAGCUGGGAAGAUACAAAUAGAAUGAAGUAUUCUCGGAACGUCAUGAAUGAAGUGCUGAGGAUAGCAUCACCUUCUCAAGGAUUUUUUAGGGAGGCAUUACAUGAUAUCACUUAUACAAACUUCACCAUUCCUAAGGGAUGGAAGAUAUAUUGGUCAGUGAAUUCAACUCAUAAAGAUCCCAAAUACUUUCCGAACCCAGAAAAAUUUGAUCCUACAAGAUUUGAAGGUGAUGGGCCUGUGCCAUUUACUUUUACCCCCUUUGGAGGAGGUCCAAGAAUGUGCCCUGGUAAUGAAUUUGCACGACAAGUUGUACUAGUUUUCAUGCACAAUUUGGUAAGAAAAUACAGUUGGGAGAAACUUAUUCCAAACGAAAAGAUUAGAUUUGAUCAGGGGCUUGCUGCUCCUGUAAAUGGUCUGCCAAUCAAGAUUAAACCACAUAGAGAUCAAGCAGUAGAAUGA